AUGCCUUCGGUGCCCUCUAAGCUUCUCGUUCUCCUUCUCCUCUCUUUGAUCCCUUCGUUGACUCCUAAUCAUUCUGGUUUGUCUUCGCAUCGUCUUAAACCUCUUGAAAAGUGUGAUUGGCGUGAAAUUAAUUGUGAAUCGAAAUCGUCGAACACAGAAUCUUUGCAACGUUACUACUCUUGUGACUACCUUCUUCUGCUAUUGUUGGAUAUGAGCUCUGUUUGUGGUAAUUUGGAUUCCAAAGAUGCAGGCUUUGAGAUCGCCACGACUUCGAGUCCAACGCAAUGCUCUAAAGGCUCGAAGCAUUCCUCACAUGCCGGAUCUGAAGAUUCUCAGGAGUCUGAUGGAGAUGAAACUGGUUAUAUAGACCAAACUGCAGAAGAAGAAUCUGCUGAGAAGGAUCUCGGCAAAUCCACCUCAGGAUCUUUACCUCCACAAUCUUCAGAUGAUGAAGAGAAAGAUGAGAAUGUUACGAUUUCACCACCGGUUGUUCUCAUUCCGGCGAUUAAAGGAAGUAGGGAGAAGCAUGGACUGUCACUGAGGAAGUCGAGUGUAACAUGGGCUGAUGAUGUUUAUGAUCCUCCACCUUCCAUAGCCUCGCACACGAGAAACAAGAAGCAGCAGCAGCAGAAAUCCAAGAGCAAAGACAACCACAGGAAGACCGGAAAGAAAGGACAGAAGAGCAAAGACAACUCUUCCUCUCGCGGUGGUGGCAGCAGCAAAGACAAGAAGCAAGCAUCUCGCAAACACAGUCGUGAGAAGUUUGAUUGGGUUACUCAGAUGCCUAUCGUCGCUGCAUCUUCUUGA